AUGUCUCAUUUGUGCUCCAUCUUCUCGGCCGAAGCUGCCGCCAUUCUCAUCGCGAUCACCAUUCCAGCAGAUCAGCCCAUCCUCGUACUUACCGACUCAGCUAGCGUGGUAUCGGCUCUCCAGGCCGAGUCUCCUGUGCAUCCAUGGAUUCAGGAUAUUAUCCGGCUUGCCCCACCAAACACAUCUAUCGCUUGGAUCCCAGGGCAUUGCGGCGUUCCGGGUAACACCACAGCUGACCGUCUCGCUGGGGCGGGUCAUGCUGCACCGAUGUACACCGACAAGGUCCCCCUUCAUGACGUCAAAAGAUGGAUUACCAAGAUUCUCCGCGAACAAUGGGAAACCGAGUGGUCCCAAAGGGACAACACAGCCUACCUACACAAGAUUAAGCCGGAUACCGGAGCAUGGACGGACCUGAGCUCGCUGAGAGAACAGCGGGUUGUAUCCCGUUUGCGGACCGGCCAUACACGCCUUUCACAUAGCAUGGGAGGUCCCCCCUUUCACCGGACAUGUCUCAUUUGCAACACCCACAACACGGCUGAGCACUUUCUGUACAAAAUGUCAGACGACGACAAACAACGAGACGACGUCGAAGGCGAACCUUCCAGUCCCGCAAGUCCAGUCGUGUACGUUGUGCAAACGGAUUACGACCGUAUCGCCGUGCAACGAAAUCAUGCCGUAUCAAGAAUAAACGGUAUCAUCAAUACAAUGAUCAACUUUCAAGCUGAUCGAUUGGCCCUUGAAACUCGACGGGAUAUGCUCAAGGAGUGCUACAAGGCGUACAAUCUUGCACAAAGUACAUUGGAACAGUGGAAUCCCGAUGAAAGCACCAGCCGCGAAGAAGUGGAAGUCUACUACGUCAACGGACUUACUACCUUCGAAAAGGCCAUUGCAGCCAAACCCCGAGAGGAGACUAUGGGUAGUACUGUCAACAAGGAUGGCGUGAGGCUACCAGCCAUCGAUCUUCCUGUAUUCUCGGGCCACGGUGAAAACUGGUUGGAGUGGUUCGACAAAUUCAACACGCUAAUUCACCGCCGCGCAUCGUUGGCCGUGGUACAAAAGUUCGAGUACCUAAAGCUUUCUCUACGUGGCGCGGCCUUAGGAUUGAUUGACUCUUUGCCAACCACUGAAGGCAAUUAUUCCAUUGCAUACGAAAUGAUCGAACGACGAUACAACAACCCAAAACUUCUGGUUCAAAACCAUACGAGGGAGCUUUUUGAGCUGAAGCCGGUCGAAGUCGAGUCGGCGGCUGCACUGAGGAAUUUAUUCGAUUCCGCAAGAAAGCAUCUCCGCUGUCUCGAGAAUCUCAAGCAGCCGGUGAUGUCAUGGGAUGCCAUGCUAAUCUACCUGAUGGCCAAUAAACUGGAUUCUACCACUCGGAGGGAAUGGGAAUCUGUAGCAUCAGGCACAACUCCGCCACUGUACAAGCAAUUGGAAAACUUCGUGUCCGAAAGGUGCCAAGUGUUGGACGCAAUGCCCUUGAAGCGCAAAUCCUCGGCUGAUUCCAACAACACAACCCACAAAAAGUUUAAGACAGAAGUCAAGGCGUUCACCAUCACGAAGACACCGACCUCACAAAGAUGCAGUUGUUGUGGCGCAUACCAUUUCGUCGGUAGCUGCAAUCAAUACAGAGCCAAGUCUGUCGAAGAAAAGAUCAGAAUCAUCAAAAAGGCUUCAUUGUGCUACAACUGCCUCAGAUCAGGCCACAAUGCUGAGCAAUGCCGAAGCAGGAACUGUAUGAAGUGCGACCGUAAACACCACACGUCGAUCCACCGUGAAAGACAGGCACCCGCAACUACCGAAUACGAGCACCCCAGGGUAGGAAAACAAUUUCACGGAAAGAGUAAUCAAUUAAGCUACACAAUCCUGCCUACCGCCUCUGUGCUGGUCGUCGCCAAUAGUGGCGUUUUGAUUGCAAGUCGUGUAUUACUUGAUUCUGGAUCGCAAUGCAAUUUUGCUACCAAAUCAUUCAUACGCCGUGUGGGAAUCACAACGAAGCAAGUUAAUUGCCAAGUAGCAGGAUUCGGUAAUUUCUUACAACCCAUUCACGAGGGGGCCACCGUGUCAUUCAAGUCUCGCACAAGCAACUACCGUAAAAGUGUGUCAGUACUAGUAACAGAUAGCAUCACCGGAUUGUUGCCACCGAACGAUGUAAACGUAGACGAGUGGAACAUUGCAGAGGUGAACCUCGCGGAUCCGGAAUUUCACCUAAGCCGACCAGUAGAUAUGCUACUUGGAACCCCAGUGCUGUUCGACAUCCUACGAAGUGGAAACACCAAAAUAGGUGAAGACUUGCCGUUCAUGCAGAACACAGAGCUAGGAUGGAUCAUAGGAGGAAAUGUAAAACGAAUGGAGGAGAACCUAACUGUGACUCUAUUCAUGAACGAAAACGUCAACAACUACUUGUGUCGUGAUUGGACAGACGAGGAAACCCUCUGUGAACAGUAUUUUGUGGAAACAACAUCGCGUACCCAAAGCGGAAGAUUCAGUGUCAGAUUGCCUCUCAAAGCAACUGUUUCUGAACUUGGCGAAUCAAAAACAAUGGCGCUGGACAAAUUUUUAAGGUUGGAGAAACGGCUAGAAAGGGACCCUGAGCUACAGAAGGAGUACGUAGCCUUCAUGGCUGAUUAUCUUCGAUUGGGUCAUAUGGAAAAAAUUGACGGUAGACAGACGUUUAAAGAGGGGCCGAGGUUUUAUUUUCCACAUCAUGCAGUGCUUCGACCGGAAAGCAGCACUACCAAACUGAGGACAGUCUUCAAUGGGUCGGCUACAACAUCUAGUGGGUUGUCCUUGAAUGAUGUGUUAAUGACAGGACCUUCACUACAACAGGACAUCUUCAACAUUCUUCUGCGAUUUCGGUGCCAUCGAUAUGUGUUGACGGCUGAUAUCAAAAAAAUGUUUCGGCAAAUAGAAGUACAAGAACAAGACCGUCAGUUACAGCUGAUACUAUGGCGGUUUUCUCCAGACGAGCCAGUAAACACCUACCGGCUCAACACCGUCACGUACGGUACAUGUUCAGCUCCUUUUCUUGCAGCACGUUGUCUCAAACAGCUGUCGUUGGAUUUCGAAGAUGAGUAUCCGGAGACCUGUCGAGUAAUAAGAAUGGAUUUUUACAUGGACGACGCGUUAACUGGUCACGAUCAAAUAGAACGCCUAGUGGAAGUAAAGGAACAACUCACAACAAUUUUGAGCAGUGCGGGAUUUGAGCUUCACAAAUGGAAAUCAAAUGAACCCAGUUUGGCAGGUGACGAUGAUGGAUCAGAUUCGGUGAAAAUUUUGGGAUUGCGUUGGGAUACCCAGGCAGACAAAUUCAGCUUCGACAACGACGUCAAUGCACAAGCUGGAGUUACCAAACGAAACAUCUUAUCGGAAGUCCAGAAAAUCUAUGAUCCGCUUGGAAUUUUAAGCCCAAUUGUCGUCCAUGGAAAGUUGGUAAUGCAAAACAUAUGGUCCACCAAACUGGAGUGGGACGAGCCUUUGCCGGAGCAGGUUGCGGAAGAAUGGAAGUGGUUCUGUGAACAAAUAGCUGACCUACAUACCAUAAGAUUCGUUAGGCACGUUGCCACCACCGAUGGUCCAAUAGAGCUUCACGGAUUCUCAGACGCGGCGAAACGAGCCUACGGUGCAGUAGUGUAUGUACGGACAGUAGUGAAUGGUAAAGUACACGUGAAUCUACUAUGCGCCAAAUCACGUAUUGCUCCAACUGCGGAGCACAGCAAAAAGGAAGAUUCCACGAUUCCCAGAAUGGAGCUGCGAGCUGCUUCUUUGCUGGUGGAGUUAAUGAAAAAGGUAAAGGAAACGGUUAAUUUGAUUGUUCAAGGGGCUUACUAUUGGACGGAUUCGACAGUCGUUUUGGAUUGGAUUUCGCAACCUCACAAGCGCUGGCCAACUUUUGUUCGUAAUCGAGUCAUCAAGAUCAACGAAACGUCAUCGUUUAGCGACUGGCAUCAUGUUCGAUCCAAAGAAAAUCCGGCAGAUUUAAUUUCCAGGGGCACUUCCGCAAAGAAAUUGGCAGACUCUGCAAUUUGGUGGACUGGCCCGAAAUUUCUGAUGGAUCCUGCACAACCGUGGGAGCAGACAAAGGUAAGAAAUUUUUUGACGAUUGUUGAUCAAGAAUCCGAAGAGGUGAUAGAUGAACGAGAUUACGAUGUGCUGGAUCGAUACUCGAGUUUCGGUAAACUUCAAAGAGUCAUGGCAUACUGUUUACGAUUCAAGCGAAACUGUCUAAACGAUAAAGCGGAUCGAAUCGUAGGACAUCUCACACUAGCAGAGUUGAAGCAAGCGCACAAUCAAGUAAUAAGGAUGGUUCAGCAACAAUAUUUUUCGAAAGAAGUAAAUCAAUUGACCUUGGGAAAACCCAUAAACGCAUCCAGCAGCUUGAUUACGAUGAAGCCAUUCUUGGAUAGCGAUGGGCUACUUCGACUUGGUGGUAGAUUGCAAGCGUCAGCAGCGGAUUUCAACCAACAGCAUCCUGUCAUCCUACCGAACAAAUGUAACGUGACAUGGUUAAUAGCAGUGCAGCAUCAUCACGCCAAUUUGCACGUAGGGCCACAAGGUCUGCUAUAUGCGCUGAGGCUGAAGUAUUGGCCGAUCCAUGGUAGAAGUCUGACUCGCAAAGUUGUCCACAAAUGUAUUGCUUGUUUCCGGAACAGUCCGAAGACGAUGAGCCAGAUCAUGGGCCAGAUGCCAGACGUCAGAGUUAUGAGCCUUUAG